CGGACCUCCUCUUUCCACUUUCCGGUCUCGUCUCCGUCCUCGCCACCGACGACUCUCCCCUCCUCGCAUCCCUUCGGGCUUCGGCGCGCGGCGCGGGGUCCCAGAUGGAUACAGCGGCUGCCGGGAGAGCGCUGGAGCUGGCCGGCCCGCUCCGUGACCUCCUCCCGCCUGUCGACUUCUGCUGCGCGUACGGCUCCAGCCUCCUCCAUGCCCGCCCCGACGAGACCUCCAUGGUCGAUUACAUUCUCGGCGUUGCCGACCCACUCCAAUGGCACUCCCAGAACUUGGAGAGGAACCCAGAGCACUACUCUAGCUGGAUGGCGCGCCGCGGGCCUGGCGCUGUCACUUGGUUCGCAGAUCGCGUUGGCGCUGGGGUGUACUUCAAUCCGUUUGUUCAGUGGAGAGACAAGAGGAUAAAAUACGGGGUGGUAGGUAUCAAGGACCUGGCGAUGGAUGUCUUGACCUGGGACCGGUUCUACCUCAGCGGCCGACUGCAGAAACCUGUUCAUGUUCUUGUCGACAAUUGGGAUAUAAGAAAGGUUAACACAGUUAAUCUGAAAAUGGCAACUUCAGCUUCUCUGCUUCUUUUACCAGAAGAGUUCACCGAGUAUGAUCUAUAUGCCAAAAUUUGCAGCCUAUCUUAUAUGGGUGAUUUAAGAAUGUUAUUUGCAGAAGACAAGGAUAAGGUCAAGAAGAUUGUAGAGGGUAGUUUCCAGCCAUUUCAAUUGAUGUACAGACCUCUUCUGCAAGAGUAUAUUUCUGACGGGAUACUGAAGACAUCAACUUACGGACAGCAAAAGGCUUUCAAACAGGAUUGUGGUGUAUCUGCAACAAGUGAACUGUUUUCUUCUCUCCCAUGGAUAAUCCAAAGGAAACUGCAAGGAAGACUGACAUCGAAUAGCAAAGAAAUGCCAACCCAUGCUAUUGUUGCUUCAAAAGAUAUGGCAGCAAGAUAUGUCCGCACGGUUUUGAGGCGCCGCGUAAUGGUUUCCAGUGCACGCCAAGCAGUAUGUGGACUGCUUGCCUCCGGUGGUGCGGUUGCCGCCCGCUAUAUGGGGAAGAAAAUGUCAAAGGCUUGGAAAUCAAGAACAUCUUAAGUUACCACCACCAUCUGAAGUUUGACCUUUGUUUAGUUGUUAGUUGUUAUGAAGGCCUGGCACUAAGUUCUACAGGAUAUGUAUAGACUUAAAAGAAAGGGAGUUCAUGCCUUAAUCGAGACUACGGAAGCCUGAUAGUCCAUGAAAAUCGCAUGGAACUGCUUAGGAGAGUCAAUUUUGUAGGAUUGUUCUGCAUUACGGCUGAUGUUAUUUAGACAACGUGAAUACAUGCAAACAAUUCUCAUGUGU